UCGGCGCUGCCGUGCCGGGCGUGGAGGGGCUCCGCGGCUCCCCAUGGACGGGAACGCUGCCCUGCGGCUCCUGCUGCUGCUCGCCUGCGCCGGGCUCGGCGGCUCCGAGGAGAAAAGCCCCGCGGGGAACAGUUCACAUGAAUUUUCAGAUCAAGAUUCUCUCCAGAGAACUGGUCAGCAUUACAGUGGUCGUGUGAAGCCAAAGUUUAAUGUCAAUCAAGAGGCAAUUAAACAGGCUGUCAGCUACAACUUGAGCAGGGGAGGAGUGUGGGAAGGAGCACCCUGGAGCCACCCUGGGUUCCCCCACAGCCACUGGAGCCCCCUGAACGUCACCGUCAACGGCACCCCCUGCAUCCUGUUCUGGGCCAAGAGGAUCGUGAUCAGGUUGGAGAACCACACCCAGCUGGAUUUGACGGAGAGGACGUUUGGAGUCCAUGCCACCGUGGACGUUGGGGACUCAAACUGCAGCGAGGACAGCGCCAUGCUUUCCCUGAAGUUUGGUGACAUUGGCAGUCUAAAGGGACUUGUUAUCAGGCUGUUGUUAACCGCCAGCUACUACCAGCUGUCUGUGCAGAGCUGGUUCAGCCUGCACAGGCUGCAGCUGCUCUACAACCACUCCGUGCAGGCGACGUUCAACGCCACGGGGAUCCACGCGCCCGCCACCCACUCCUUCCGCUGCGAGCGCGUCAGCAGCCUGCAGAGACACGACGCCCUGCUGGUGCCCAGCUCUGCCGACGACCUCUCCCAGCUCUGGGAGGUCACCUUCAUCGACUUCCAGAUUCAGGGUUUCAACAUCCAAGAAGGACAUUUUGCCUACGCCAGAGACUGUGCAUCCUUCCUCUCCCCAGCAAUCCUGAUGGGAUUGGUGAUGUCCCUGAUUCUGCUGCUGGUCCUGGCCUAUGCUCUGCACAUGCUCAUCCACCUGAAAUCCCUCGACAGGCACUACGAGUGCAAAGCUUCUGCUGCCUAUUUUGCACAGAUGAAGGACAGUGACAUGGGAGAUGAGAAGGAGCCACUGAGAAACAGUGGGAACGAGUCCUACGAGCUCAGGAACCAGCAGUUUGGUAAAAUCUAUAUUUAGCAGCGUGUAUGUGUCUCAGAGAAACAAGAGGUGUUUUCUUCUGCUGGCACUGUUGUGUGUAGUCUGUGCAGAUUUUUGUUUUUUACCAGCUGAUGAAAGGAAAAAUUUGUAUAGCAAACAGAUUGUUUAGCCAGUUAUUCACUGAUAAUCAUCUCAAAGAUGCCUUGGGAAAGAAGGUGAGAAAAAAAAAAAUUCCAUUGUGAGUUAGAGAUAUUCGUGUUGUGGGACUUUAUUCCUGUAGCAAAAAGCCAAAUUGCAUAGCUCUUCAUCCAGCUUACCAAGUCUUGAAGAGAGAAUCUGUAAUGGACACUUUGAAAUUAAAUAAAGGUU